AUGGAAGAUAAUAAUAUCAUAAGAAUUCAGGCAUUACUUGUUGGAUUUAAUACUCGUAAGAAGUAUAAUUUGAGACAAAUAUAUAUUCAAAAAGGUAUUGUUAAAGAAGCAGUUGAAACAGAAGAAUCGUUAUUAAAAAAAAUGAAAACUAUGAAAGAUAUAUAUCAACCCCCUUUAAAACAAGUUAAUAUUGAUGAGACAUCAUAUAAAGUCCAUUUAAUAUUUGAAUAUCUUGAUGCAUGUAUUGAAUCAAGUCAACAAAUUGUAAAAUAUGGGAAACAAUUUCUUGAGAAUUAUAAAAUAGAUACACAACCAUCACAAUUUUUUUCAUUUGUUACAUUUCAUUUAUGGGCAUAUGGAGAAUACACUAUUAAUUAUAAUAUUACUAAAACAAUGUUAAAUGAAUUAACAAAAAAUAUAAUUUAUCAACGUUUAUUAAGUAUUAUUGAUUCUAAACAACCACAUGGAUGGGUAAUAAGUGAUCUUAUUAUUGAACCAAUGCAAAGAACUCCAAGAUAUCCAUUAUUAUUAAAUACAUUAAUAAAAGUAACUAAUGAAAAUAAUAAUGAUUAUCAAUCAUUAUUAACUGUUAAAAAGGAUUAUGAUUAUUUUACUGCUUUAGUUAAUGAAAAAACAGUAAUGAGAGAUAAUCUAAGAAUACUUGCUGAAAAUAUGGAUUUUCCUCAAAUUAUUAUACCACGAAGAUACUAUAUUGGUGGUGAUAUUAUGGCAUAUAAUAAAAAAAAGUGUGAAGGUCAUUUAUUUAAUGAUAGAAUUAUUUGGUUUGCUGUAUCAAAAGGUUCAAAAAUUGGUAAACAAAAUGAAUAUUAUAUUGAAGGUGAAUUUAUUUUUGAUAGUAAAACUCGAGUUGUACUUUCAAGAAAUAUUGUUUCUUUAAAUAAAUAUGGAUUAAUGCCAAUUCAAAUGUCUUUAGGCUCUAAAAAAACAGCUGAAAAAUGGAAAGAGACUAUUAAUAAUUUAUUAUUUUCUGGAAUAUGGGAUAUGGCAAAUGAAAAUAGUUGGAUGAAUACCGUUGAUUGUCAUUGUACUUUUGUUUCUUAUAUUACUCCAAUGUUUCCAAAAAUUACUAAAAUAAAGAGAUAA